GAAAUGAACUGAAAGGCUAAUCAAUAUAACAACAGAUUUUCAACACUAUGCCAAAAGCCAAGAACAAGUCUUCUGAAAAAGUAGACUGGAGCAAAUACUUUCACGAACAGAAUGAAAAAUUGAAAGCAGAUUUGGGCUUGUUCCCGGAAAAGAAGAAGGAAAAGAAGAAGGAAACAAUUUGGUACUAUCCUCGUAGGAAUCCAUACACUGGACUCAUUCAUCACAAAACAAAACCAAGGAAGCGGAGCAGUGGCAAAAAGAAGGUUGCUAGUUCAGAGAUCACAGAGUCAACGACGGAAGCGGUGACCAAGCCUACGACGACCAAGCCUACGACGACCAAGCCUAAGACAACCAAACCUAUGACGACCAAGCCUACGACAACCAAACCUAUGAUGACCAAGCCUACAACAACCAAACCUAUGAUGACCAAGCCUACGACGACCAAACCUACGACAUCCAAGCCUACGAUUACGAUGUCUGAACGCUCAGACUCAAAGACUUCCCAACACACCACUACCUCUAAGUCAAGAGAAUUAUCGACUACGGCCACGACGCCAAAGCCCACAACGAACGCUACGACCAUGAUGUAGAACAAAACGACAUCGCACAGAACCACCAUUGUUUCUCUCACUUGCUGAAAGUCAACAGAAUUAUCGGCUGGGAAUGCGAUGUCCAAUCCCACGACAAGUUCUACGAUCACCAUGUCAGACACAAUGACAUCACAAGAAACCACCACCUUCACAUGUUCUCUGGUGGAAUAUGCAUACAGCAGGUCGUUCUACAAAUCCAGCACUUGCAAGAUGAAUCAAGUUUAUGCGAUUUUAGCUUGUUCCCAAUUCCAUCUGGUCUUCAUCGAGCCGCAAGAAGAAAAGGAGUGCCACUGAGGACUACUGGAUCGGGUUGACCGGUCCAAGUCUCAGUGAGGCAAGGUGGCUAGAUGGAUCAAGUCUUACAUAUAGCAAUGUUAAGUCUUCUUUGUUCAGUGACAAUGGAAGCUGUUUUCGAAUUGUGUUAAGGCUUUAAAAUAGUUAGUAUGAUGAGGAAAAACAAAAC